AUGAGAAAAAUUGUGGAGCACCAAGAGCUGUCGCAGCAUUAUUCGUAUCCUCCUGCUCAGGGGAAAUGGCAGAGUCUUCCUCACGUUUUGGCUCCAGGCUUUGGGAAUGCUUUUGGCAUCGGCAUGAAUAACAGUGUAAAUGGAAUGGGAGGUGGCAAUUUUGGGGCUCGCAGCGCCAAUAUACUCAGUCGACGCAGGAGUGACCAGGGUCGAGCCGACCAUGACAAUUUUGACACUGCUUUGGGCAACGGAUGUAGCCGGUUGGAGAACUUGAUGUCGUCCUCGUCGAAAUCAGCAUUUCAGCAGACGGCAGUCCUUCCCAUUUCGUCUGAAUUGGCUCACAAUGCGGAUCUGCAGCAGCAGUGGCAAAUACGACUACAAGGUGGUCAGCAACAACAAUCGGGCAGAGUGACUGGAUACGGCGUCAAGUCUCGCUCUAGCAGCGAAUGGUCAGCUUCCAUGAAGUCUGAAGACAACAACGGAUGGCUAACAUCGAUUAAUACGAAUGCAGGCUCGGUCGGAAGCUCACUGUAUGCGACUCACUCACAGAGUCGUUACGAUGCCAAUGUCUUUUCUUGCCAAGAGGCUCAAGUGCACCAUCUAUAG